AUGUUCUGAGACAGAAGACGGGAUCCUAUAUGGUUUAGAUGAAGGCAGUCUCGUUUGAAGAGGUCCGGACUAUGAAGGAAGGUGGUGAAAUUGUCCACAUAUGGAACGCCAGCGCUGUUGCAACGUUAGCCUUUAAGCCACACCUGAAGCUGCCAACUGAAGGAGGGGGGAGAGGCCCGGAGAUGAUGCACUGCUUGUUUGAGUGAAGAAUAUUAUCAAUAAGGCGAAUGCUAUCGUUCCUGAGUUUUAUAGACUGUUGCAGUUUAAGGUCGUUAAUUCCUCCCAGAUGAACCACAACAGUACGGGCAGAGGGGUGUUUUUGCAGCAACUGAGGGAUGGCGUCAGAUAUUUAAGUGUAGUCAACGUGCGUGUUUCCACCGGCUGUGGCUGUGCUGCGUUCCGGCUCCAUCUCAGCUCCGGCACUCCGGAGCCCUCCGCAACAGAUACGCAGGACUUCUAUUUUUGCCGGACACCGGAGCACAAUGCAGCAAUUUAGCACAGAGCAGAUUGUGCGGGGCAGGAAGUCAUGCACAAAAACAAAAUAAAACAUCCGGUUAAUUUUCAAAAUAAAAUACACAGUGUUCACGGCGGAUCAUAUUUCCCUGCACUACACCUUGAAAACUACAUAAUGGGCAGAGGCAGGCCUGAAGUCAACAGGUCAGAGGUUUUCAGAUGUCAUUUCACCCCGUUGACACCAUGGACGAGGAGAUAUUAAUCAUGGCAGUGCACCGAGAUGUCUUCUGGCGGAGCUGCACCGCUCCGCACAGCAAACGCAGCCGCUGGGUAUUGACAGACGGCGGAGCACGCAGCGGAUAACCAGCACUGCCGUUCCGCAACGGACACGCAUCCAGUGGAAAUCCGGCGUUACUCUGUGAAGGGGAGAGGCCUGUGAUAAAUGUGUCAAUGCCCACAUCAGUCAUUUAUGCACAAGAUUGCUCAGAAAUAUGACCCACAAAAGGAGGAGGAGCUCCGCUUCUGGAUUGAGGAGGUAACAGGAAUGUCUAUUGGAGAGAACUUUCAGAAAGGCUUGAAAGAUGGAGUCAUCCUCUGCGAACUAAUUAAUAAACUGCAUCCUGGCUCAGUGAAGAAGAUCAACCUUUCACAGCUCAACUGGCACAAGCUGGAAAACCUUGGGAAUUUCAUCAAAGCUAUCCUGGCCUAUGGCCUAAAGCCCAAUGACAUCUUUGAGGCCAAUGACCUGUUUGAAAAUGGGAACAUGACUCAAGUCCAGACCACACUGCUUGCACUGGCAAGCAUGGCAAAGACCAAAGGUAUGGACACAAAGAUCGAUAUUGGAGUGAAAUACGCAGACAAACAAGCACGACAUUUUGAUGACGAGAAGAUCAAGGCUGGUCAGUGUGUCAUUGGACUGCAGAUGGGGACAAACAAGUGUGCCAGUCAGGCUGGAAUGACUGCUUAUGGAACCAGAAGACAUCUGUAUGAUCCAAAGACUCAGACUGACAAACCCUAUGACCAGACCACCAUCAGCUUGCAGAUGGGAACCAACAAAGGAGCCAGCCAGGCAGGCAUGUCAGCCCCUGGUACCCGCAGAGACAUCUAUGACCAGAAGGUGGUGCAGCAGCCACUGGACAACUCCACCAUCUCCCUCCAGAUGGGCACCAACAAGGUGGCGUCUCAGAGGGGUAUGAGUGUGUACGGUCUGGGUCGACAGGUCUACGACCCAAAGUACUGUGCCCCCCCAACAGAGCCGGUCAUCCACGCCAACGGCAGCCAGGGUACCGGCACCAAUGGCUCCGAGAUCAGCGACAGUGACUAUCAGGCUGAGUUCCAGGAGGACGAGUACCAUGGAGGUUACCAUGAUGACUACAGCUCCCAUUACAAUGAUCAGAGCAUUGACUAUUAGUGGAGACUUCCACCGCCAGAUCAGUAUUAACUAGUAUAUUUCAUCAACUUCACAACAGAGCAAGUCUUUUGCUAUCCUCACUAGUUUUUUUUUUUUCUUGUGUUGAAGCAUACAAUGCAGUAGGGCAACACGAUAUUGGAAAAAACUGACAUUGCAUUUUUUUGUUUUGUUUUUUUGUUUUGCAAUAUAUGUUGCCAUUUUAUAAAAUACAAGAAUUUUCACCAGAUGACUUGAAUAGCUCUAUUGGAAAGAAUUAGGUUGACUCACCACAACACCAUUGUAUUCAUAUAAUACCCUUCUAUAGAGUGUGCCAGGGCUGACGUCAAAACCCGGAAGUUUAGCAUUGCGCUUGCCUGAGUGUCAGACUGCAGCUUGCAGAACCUUCAGUCUGACAUUGCCUUCACUGAAGGCGAUUUACAAGGGGGAGGGAAUUUGAUUUUUCCCUAACCAAUCAGUAGAGAUCAACGACUCACCCAGAAUCUGUGUGUCAGAAAUUGCCCGUUUAAAAUGUCUCCAUCGUCGUGCACGCCCAGCUGCAUCGCCGUUAAAUCCAGUUUAGCAGCUUCCUUAAUUUGGUCCUCCAUUAACGCGAGUAGUGGCGAAAUACCUCAAUAGCAUCGUUAAUGUGGUCUGUAGGAUCUAUAGCGGUCACCAUUGUUGCUAUCCUCACCAGUUACCCACUGGUGUACAGCUUGACAUCAGCAUGGCGCUGAUUGGCUAAUCACUAGACCCGCCCCCACCCCCGGCGUUCAUUGGUCCAUCCAUCCACAAGAUAAAUCGCAAAUUCAUUGCAGUAUGCCAGACCAGAGAUACAAGCCUACUCAGUUGAGUGGGCGGGGUCUAUGGUCUGGAACCAGGCUAGCUUCGCGCUGGUUCCCAGAAGAGAAAGUGAAUGUGAUUUUUGCAUUGCGUUUUGGAUUAUGUCAGAAAAUAAGCUCUGUGGCUAACACAAGUUUAUGAUACUUACAGGUUUUGUUCAGUGAGAUAAUCUUCACAUAUGAACACCUUUCAUACCGCAUUUGAAGCUUAAAUGCGAUUGGCAGAAGUAAAAAGCUAACGUUAGGCUUUAAUGGACUACAUGACUACUCCACGGUCGCAUGACUCUUGACGUCACAGCCACUAAGCUUUCAAGUGAUUUCGGCCGCUUUAUUUUAAAAACAUUGUAUAAUGGGGAAAUCGGACUGUUUAAGCUAAAUAAGAAGCUGUAAUGGCGGACUGCCAGCACUCUUGCCUGUUCGGGGGUGAUGACGUUUAAUGUCCCUGAUAGGGCUUGUUGUCGUAUUGAGCAACUUGUUAGCAAUCGCCUUUUUUACGACACGUAAAAGCUUCAAAAUUCACAAGUAGGGUAUUCACUGACGUGUUUUAUGUUGUAGAACAAAACCUGAAACUCGCUUAAGCUUUUGUUAACCACAGAUCUUAUUUGGGGCAUUUUACCAAAAUCCCAUUCAAAAAAAGUAUUGACUUUUAGACGAGAGAACCGGAAGUGCUAAAAGCGCUAACGGAGUUCCGGGUUUACUGGCACACUCUAUUAAUCCAGGCUAAGGUCAGUGAUCCAACAAGUCAUACUCUAAAAUAAGGGGGUUCACCUGUGAAUGAAGAAGAUUGCUGGUAUAUGAAAGGGAUCCCGGAGGUCAUGUCUCUGUACUCCAGAUUAAAACAGAGCAUUAGGGAUAUCAUCUUUUUUUUAUAUCCAAUAGUUCCAUAUUUCGGACGUUGACCUUCUUUUGGGUACUAAAUCCACCUUUACCAUUUCUCCCUCUUGCAUGUCGCUCAUUUUCAGUGUGUGACUGCAGCGUGUGUGUGUGUGUGUGUGUGUGCGCGGGUGUAUGCGUGUGCAUGUGUCAGAGAGAGAGGCGAGUGGAGCGGAGCAAGGAGCUUUCUUCAGAGCUGCUUUUCUGAAGCAAAACAAAAGUUUAUGUGUUCUAAAAAAAACAGAAAACAUUGCAUGUCCUGCGAUGUGACUAUCGCACAUGCACACAUCGCGAUGGCGAUGUUCAAACGACAUAUCGUGCAGCCCUACAAUGCAGUGUUGUGUUCAGUGCUUUCCUUCUUCACCUAGACCCUUUCCUCUGAGCAGCAAAGGUUGUACGAACUGUAGUGGCAUAAAAUAAUGACAUGCAGAGAUACAGUGAUGAAAAGAUUUUUAAUACAUUCUUUUAAAAACAUACCUGAAUGAUGGAACACUGAAGUGAUAACUUUGUGAACCUGUGAUGUAGCAUCAGGUGAGACUGCAGCAUUCAAUGUUUGUAUUCCUGGACUGAAACUGGGCUGAUGAUCCACGUGAAAGGAAUUCAACAAUAGGCUGAAUUAUAUGCCUUAUCUCCCGUCUGUAUUCAGCCACAAUAACAGCCACAGUUUGUGAUAGCGUUAUUCCUUUUAUUUCUAUUUUUUUUUUACACUACAUUUAAUCACUAUACCAUUUUUUUCUUUUUAUGAUAAGCAUGGUGGCUGUUUAGUGCAGAUGACCAAAAUCAAGCUAACUCUAAUUUACAGACAGACGUCCUUGUUUCAUUACAUUACAUAUAUUUUCAUAUUAUUUUCCUUAUAUUUCUAAAGUGUAUUUAUUGCCAUGUCUCGUAUUGUAAAACAGUCCACCAUUAUAUGGUUCAUAAAGAAAAUUAUAUGUUAUGAAUAAAUCCUUAAAUUCUUAUUUUUCAUCUGGAAGCGCAUCUGCACACUAUUGUAACAAACAUGUCUAGGAAGCAGGUACUACCAUAAAUUCUUUAACAAUAGCUGGUUGUCUAUACAGGGGUUGACUGGAACAAAAACUUGACCC